CGGGCAGAAUCAGCGCUACGUAACGCGGCGCAUGCGCGUUGCGGAUCGGCUGAAGGACGAUGUGUUUAGAAGCGGAUUAAAUCUCACCACAGUGUUCAGUGCUAAUCACAGUUUCAUCAUGAGACACAGUUUAUUUUACGGAAUUGCUCGUUUGAAAUAUCUGCAAGAUUGUUUAAGACACUCUCCUUCUCGGGUUUUUCGGGCUUUUUCGGAUGCCGCUAACGAGCCUUUGAAACAGUGGACUUUCACAGUCAGCCCUUUUAUUAAAAUUAGCUGCAAUUUACACUGUAAUGUCUCAGUCCAGCCCCUGGAUGCACACGCACUUCCGGGAGCGGAUCGGGUGUUUGUUACUGUGCGCGGUCGCAGCGGUGAUGACGUCACUGCGCUGGACACGGUUCAAGUUCACUAUGAUGAUCAGAGCAAGGAACUACAAGUUAUCAGUGACGAGGCCAUCAGUAAUCUGUCUGUACAACUCACAGCUCCUGUUAAAAGUGACCUUCAUGUUGUUAGUCGUGGGAAUGGCAGUGUGAGGAUCCAGAACAUGGAAAGUGAUCUGUGUCAGGUACAGACAGAAAGAGGUCACUGCAUCCUUCAGUCAGUCAAGAGUCACAAAGUGCAGGUACGGUCUAGCGGAGGAAACAUCACUGGCAUGGGCACCAUCCAUGGCGAUGUGGAGAUAAUCACUGCAGGACACAGUAGAGUUGACAUUAAGAAGGUCCAGGGAACAUCCAUGAACAUGUCCACAGAACAUGGUCCACUAAAUGUGAAAGCCAUUUAUGCUGAGUCCAGUGCUGUGGCUUCCUCUUCAGGGCAAAUCCAGAUUGGGCAUGUACAUGGUGAAGCACGUGUGCGGAGUGACGCAGGAGAUAUCAUCAUUGACAGUUCUAGCGGAGUCCUAACGGCACACACUAACGCUGGAAACAUUGAUGCGUAUGUGAGCCAAACAGGAGCAGCUGAGCUUCAUACACAGCAAGGUGCUGUGAGUGUUCGUGUGCCGUCCACUUUAAAGGCCUGGGUGCAGUUGUGUGGGACGACAGUGGACGCCAGUUCAGAGAUUGCUCAGGAGACACAAAUCCAUUCAUCUGAGGGAAAAACUGUACUUACUGGACCGCUGAAUGGUGGCACUCAGGAGGACUGCUGGAUCAGUGCCACUGCUGACAGAGGCGUCGUGAGCAUCAAGGCCCAGAGCUGGUUUGAGACGCUUAAACUGGGGAGCUGAAUGAGGAUUCUCCUUUAAAUUCAACAUGAAAAUAGUUAUUAUGUAUGUGGUUUUGGUUUUAUGUGUACAGUUUAUCAUUACUGUUUAUAAAGAUGAAUAAAUGGCAAAAGUAUCA